AUGCCAGCAGCGGAGAAAACAGCAAAGGAACUUGCGGAAUUCAAUGGCGACGUUGGCAAUAUCAAACCUGGAGCGAGGUUCCGUGAUCGGAGACACCUGAGCGGGACUGGAGUGCACUUGCCACUUGUACAAGGCAUCCACAGCGUAGGCGAUGAGGUCUUCUCAGUCGUUCUGUGCGGUGGAUAUGAAGACGAUGUUGAUAACGGGGAGGAGAUUAUAUAUGUGGGACAAGGCAAAGGAGCGAAGACAGGGGAAUCAGCACGUGGGCGACCUCAAGCAGGAGACCAAGAGUGGAAGGGAGCGAAUGCAGCUCUGAGGCACGCCUACACCACUCGCCUUCCUAUCAGGGUUAUCAGAGGGGACAAGUUGAACUCAAUAUAUGCCCCAAACCCGGGAGGCAAAUACAGAUACCGCUACGACGGUUUAUAUGUUGUCGAUGAAUGGUGGGAAGCAAAGGGAAAGGCGGGCUACAUGAUGUGUAUGUUCAGGCUUAAGGUAACGAAAGAGGUUCAGCGCGGCCGUAAAGAUGGUAUACAAAUGCUACUUGCGGCGAGAAGUCUAGUAGCGUUUACCCCCAUCCCAACUCUUAUGCGCAAUACCCAAGGCCCACUUACUGUUCCCCGAACCAACCUGGGAGCAUACUGA